GCGGUAAUAUGCCUAACCACUUUCAUGUCCACUAUCAACAGUGGAAAAUAACAAACUCAACCUACUUUCAAACUUUCUACUUUAGCAAAGUUAAUAAUAAUAUAUCUUUAAAAUUACCAGGGUUUCAAAAUUUAGCUCUUUAUCGGUAUAAUAAUAUUAUGCGAAGAUUAAUUUAGAAGUAGUUGUCUUGACACACUGGACAACAAGGGACAUCACUUUCAAUUUUAUUCUUCAUCUUCUGGCUUUGUUUUGAUAAGUUGACUGCAGGCAUAAUGGAGCAUGAACCAGGGGACAGUGAUAAAAGCUCUGAUGAAGAAUCACACACAUGCUCAACAGAAGAAGCAGAGGAAGACCAAGAAGAUGAAUCUCAGUCAGAAAUUGAUGAGGCAGAAUGUGAAAGAAGACGCCAUGAGUAUCUCAGUGAUAUGUCUGAAUUAGAAAAACAGUUCUGUGAACUCAAAGAACAACUUUAUACAGAGAGGCUUCAGCAGAUCGAUGCUAAAAUCAUCGAAAUACAAAAUAAUAAGGGAUCUGAAUAUCUGCAGCCCUUGUCACAACUUGAAAAGCAAAUGAGUCUCAAAAAAAAGGUUGCCUGCAUAAGACGAGAGAUGGCCCUUGCAAGUAUUAAACAGAAAUUUGAAAGUGAAGAAUUAGCUGCUUUCCAGCACAUGGAGAGUGAGAAAAUACUUUUAUAUGACACAAUAAAGUGUGAGUUAGAAGAUAAAAUCAGGAGGUUAGAAGAAGACAGGCACAAUAUUGACAUUAAUUCAGACUUGUGGCAAGAAACGCAGACCUUAAAAAAGAAAAAGAAAACCGACCCCUUACACCCAGAGAGAAGAAGAAAACCUCAAACUGUUUCUGGCCCUUUUAUUGUAUAUAUGCUUCGAGAUACAGAUGUUAUGGAUGAUUGGAUGGCUGUCAAAAAGGCACUCAAGCAGCAGUACCAAAAGAGGAAAGCUGAAUUGUAAUGAUCUAGACAAUAAUAAAAAAAAAUUGCUGAAAGAUUUAUUCCACCCAUUCUACUUUGGUAAAGUUAACUAUGCAACAAGAAUGUUACUGUAUUUGAUGCAGCGCUCCUUGCAGUCUUUACCAUUGAACACGGGCAAACAUAUGUUCAGACGUUAAAAUUUGAAUGACAAAUGAAUACUGAAUACCAUUGUAAAAAGUUCAUAGAUCAUCUGCAUGAUGAGUCAGUUUUUUUAUGCAUUUAGAUGUUUAAAAAGAAUGUAUGAUUGUAAUAUAUUUUAAACAAGUAGGCUACUGACCGUUGAAGUGAUCAUAUUUAAGAUGAAGUGUUUGAACAUGAAUCCAUGGUACCACAUUCAAGUUAGCCAUAAAAAAAAUGAUGUAAAUUGACUUGCAAUAUAAAGUAUUCUUCUCAUACAUUUUCAGUCAAAUCAUUUAGUACAGAUCACACUUUCAUGGGUGUUUUUUUUUUUUUAAUUCAUGUCAUUACAUAAUGCUUUUUGAAUGUGAUGUUUUUUUUUUAAUUCAGUGUACAUGUGAAUGGAUGAUGACAAAAAAAGUUUGAAUAAAUGUGUAACUUGUCCAAGAGCUGCCAUUUUUUUUCUCUAAUAAAAUCUUUGCCACACCCAA